CUUUUUUUACUUUUGUAUAAAAAUGUAUAUUUGGCAAUUAAAAAAAAAAAGUUUUAAAAUUGUGAAACUUUCAGCAGUGUCUAAGAAUGAGCUCGCCACAUCACCUUCAUAUAAAUCCAUUGUCGGCCACUGUGUGUCGCUUCGUGCUUUUCCGGCAGUAUUCGGCGGAUUGCUUUUCGAAACAAACAUUUGGACGCCCCUCCUAUCGUCGCCUGAGCUCUCUCGGAUAUUUGUGCUUCGCCUGCAAAAGUCGGGAGAAAAACGACUUAGUUCAAUAUCAUCAACCACUUCUGGAACUUGGAGCGGAUCGAGGGUUCGUGUCAGGCUCGGCUGAAGUCGGAGCCCAAGCUUUGCGUCUUGUUCGCCGCUCGGCCACGUUCGGCUCUUGUCGUUCAGUCCACGGAAGAAUGGACGAAGCGGACUCGGCCACGAAGGCGCUCGGGUUGGAUGAACCGCCCAUCGUCGAGCCCUCGGUUGACGGAGUGGGCUCGGAUACCGAGUCGGAGGCCGAAGUUGCCUCAAUGGCCGUGAUGGCGGAACCGGGGAACAUCGACAUAGGAGCCGAGUCCCUGCCGAACCCUGACGAGGCCGAGGCGGCGUUCGCUGAGGUGACGGCUGUUACGGUGAGGGACGUCCAGGCCACAGAUGACAACGUUUUUACCACCACGGUGACCGCACCUGGAGGCCUCCCUGAACAUGUGCUGAGCGGGAGGACGACCCUCCAGCUGGGUGAAAGCCUCAGUACCCAGAAGGCCACUCUGAUUGUGGUUCAUACUGAUGGCAGCAUCGUAGAAGCGACUGGUCUCAAGUCUACCAACGCCAUGGCAACAGGUCCACAAACCACACCAACUUCACUGACUCCUCCUCCAGACAAAGACUCGUGCUCCAAGUACAACUGGGACCCGUCGGUGUACAACAACGAGCUGCCGGUCCGCUGCAGGAACACCAGUGGAGUUCUCUACAAGAACCGACUGGGCUCGGGGGGCAAAGGUCGGUGCAUCAAACACAACCAGCAGUGGUUCACACCGACGGAGUUUGAAGGAUUGGCGGGAAGAGCCAGCAGCAAAGACUGGAAGCGGAGUAUCAGAUACGCCGGCAGACCUCUGCUCUGCCUGAUACAGGAGCGAAUCCUGGUCCCCCACGCCGCCUCCUGCACUUGCGGCGCCUGCUGUGACGACCUCACCGCUUGUCCCAGAGAGGGAGACUGUCUGACAACAGAGAGCAACUCUAUGACCGGCCCAGUCCGACUCUUCGUCCCGUACAAGAGACGGAAAAAGGACACAGAGCCGCCCAUGAGUCCUCCCAAAAAAGAACUUCCUGUCUCUAAAAGCAUCACGCUGCCUCCUGGAACCACCUUCACUGUCUCUCCGUCAGGACAGUUCUCCAACCCCGGCACUCUGACCUUUGACCGCAGCCCGGCCACCGAUGCCACCGCAGCCGCCGCCGCUGCCAUCAUGUCUGACGGCUCGGCGCAGAGCGAAGUUUUCGCCAGCACGGCAGUGUUGACGGCGUUACCGGCUCUGGCUGUGGCUCCUCAGCCCAUUCAGGCCAAAAUGGCGGUGACCACAGCGGGGUCUCCGUCAGCCGGGCUGGUGACUGGGCUGGACGUGGGCGCGGUGGGCGGCGUGGGGCCGGCAGUGAACGAGAGUCAGAAGAACACCUGGUUCUACCUGGAGGACGUGGCCAACACUCUGCUGAGCAACGUGCAGCAGCUGAAGACCCUGAUAGAGCAGGCCAAGAACUCUGCAGGAGACACGGCAGGGUUCAGAGGUCAGGGAGGCAGGAAGGAGUUUGGUUUCAGUCCGUCGUUCCAGAGUCAGAUUUCCUUUCAGCAGCAGGACGGCUCUGAGGCCAAGAGGAGUUCUGACCUGACGGAGAUCAUCAUCAACCAAAUGUGUGUGAACUGUGGUCGAGUGGCAAUGAAUGAGUGUACAGGCUGCCACAAAGUCAACUACUGCUCCACCUUCUGUCAGAGGAAGGACUGGAAGGAUCAUCAGCACACCUGCUGUCAGUCAGCAGGGGGCAUGGCCAUGCAGGACGAGGAGCCAAUCACAGCCAUCGAUAUGGACAAAGUCAAAUGAAGACGACGAGGCUAAAAAAAAAGAAAAAUCAGACAGUCGGUAUUACAGAAGAAGACGUUUGAAGAACUGCACGUGUCAAGAAUGUUUUUUAUACUACAGUAUUUUUUUAAUAUAUUUAAGUUAUUUCUCAUGUUUCCUCGGACAAGGAUCAGGAGGAGCACAGCUGAUUGGUCCGUUUGGCGUUAAAACUGACCAAGUUAAACAUGUUUUAGUGUUGGGUUUUUUUCAGGCUCUGGUUAUGAAGUGGACUUUUUGAUACUGAAGGAAGUUGUAUAAAAAAAAAACCUGUUUCCUCGGAGCUCCCCUCUGAUUGGUCAGAGCCUCUCUCUUUGUUGUGACACAACAGAAAUGUAAAUAUUCUCAGUGACAGUAGUGAAACGUUGGAUGCACCAACUUUGUGGAACUGCUGAGCAAUAAACCAUAACAACUGAAACAAAACACCCUGAAGUUUUCAAUUUAGUUUGAAUCAGAAAACAGAAUAAAACAUGUUUUUGUUUUCACUAUAAAAAUCUCCAUUUUUGUCUAGACAAGACAAAUGAUCUGACCGUUUCUCCACUGACCCCUCGGGGGGCGGGGGGACAUGGAACAUCGAUAUUCACCAGAUCGUCCCAGAGACUUCAUCAUGUACUUGAUUUUGGGAGUUUGUACAGACACAUCAUGACAUUUCUGUGCAGAAAUUCUGUGCAUUUAUCUCCUGGUUUGGUGCUGCAGGGCCUCAGUCUGUAACUCUUGUCUGUUGUCUGUCUCCAAGUUGUUCCGUUUGAUUCAUAUCUGGUCAAUAUCCUGUCUGGAAACGGGGCCUCGUUUUACACAUCAACAAACUGGAACAACGUCUGUCUGCGUGUAAAAAAACAGAGACUCUAGCUCCCCCUGCAGUCCUUCUCUGUUCUGAUCCAGACGGAUGUUCUGAGGUUUGAUUUAACUGAGGUGAGGAGAAGAACAUCCAGAUGUUCCUGCGCUCUGAGUCUGAGUCCCCGGAUUACAUUUUUCAUUUAGAGGUAGCAUAAACGUUUGUCUGAAGAAGAACUGGAUUAGAUAACGUCCGAGGACACAAACACUGGACUUCAAGGGUCAGAGGAAGCUAAAGACAAACAACCAGAGGACGAAGUUACAGGAAACUAAACAUGUUGACUAAUGACCGGAGAUACAAGAGAGCAGCGCCGGGAAACAUGUGAGGCCACGAACAGCAGGCACAGGACAGAGGUCUGUGAAA